UACUGUGCUUCCGAGCCGAACUGCAUUCCGCUUGCAUUGUGUUAGAUAGUUUGCUUUCUUUUCGCUUUCGCUCUUUCUCCUUCUAUUCUUUAUUGACUGUGUGUAUUGUGCUAACUGUUUCUUCUGUGUGCCGUAAUAAACAAUAAAUCCGUGUGUGCAAAACGAACGCUUAGUGUUUGUUACUUAUCUCAGCACCUGCACCCGCUUACCGGCACGCUUGGCAACAGCAUUAAGAAAAUGCUGCCUCAUCGAAAGUGAUUCAUGCUUUCCCUCUCCGACCUGGAACUAUACAAAAUACAAUGGAACAACACAAACCUCACCAUACUUAUAGGCGACGGAGAAGAAAACUCAACUCAACCAACCCUAACAGACACAAAGUGUAUCAGUAAUGUAACUGACUGUGAAACAGCUUACGAUACAUUUGAAUACGGAGUGGUUGUGCUACUGUUAGUGCUCAUAGUUGUGACGGUGAUCGGAAACACGUUGAUUAUUUCGGCCGUUGUGACGACUAAAAGGUUGAGGACUGUGACGAAUUGUUUUGUGACGAGUUUGGCGGCCGCUGAUUUGUUGGUGGGGAUUUUUGUGAUGCCGCCGGCGAUUGCUGUCCAUAUUACGGGUAAAUGGGAGCUCGGCUGGAUCCUCUGCGACAUCUGGAUAAGUUUGGACAUCCUCCUCUGCACAGCGUCCAUCCUUUCCCUCUGCGCUAUCAGCGUGGACCGCUACUUGGCUGUCACAAGGCCGCUGUCGUAUUCUAGAAGAAGAAGGUCUAAGAAGUUGGCGCUGACGAUGAUCUUUUUUGUUUGGAUCGCGGCUAUGGCUGUUACUUGCCCACCUAUGUUUGGAUGGUACGAACCAGACCAUAACCAAGGUGGAGUCUGCCGCUACAACCAGAACCCCGGCUACGUCGUCUUCUCCGCUAUGGGUUCCUUCUUCCUGCCCAUGGCUGUGAUGGUCUAUGUGUACGCCAGGAUAUCAUGCGUAGUAGCUAGAAGGCACCACCAGCUAUCUACUACCACUAAAUGUAAUAAGAAAGGCAAGCUCUCCUGCAUUCGGACCGAAUCUGAUUCCGGAUCAGAUAAGCUCUCCCUACGGCAGAGUGCCUCCAAACAAACAUCAAAGUCCACCCAACAAAGCGACUGCUCCUCGCAAACCGACAAGUGCCCCUGCUGCUUCCACGCAGAGAAAAAACGACCCAAAAACAGAAAGGACAAAGAAUCAAAGUCCUAUAACGAGGUUACCUUCAAAGCAAAUUUUAAAUAUAAGAACACGAUCCGACAUCGAACGCAUUCCAUUAGGGACCAUUCAGAAAACAAUCGCGUAUCGUCUUUAAGACGGGAAACGAAAACUGCUCAAACAUUAAGUUUAGUCGUUGGGGGUUUCGUCGCUUGCUGGCUGCCAUUUUUCCUGUACUAUUUGCUGACACCAUUUAUCCCUUCCAAUUAUGUAAAUCCGGUAUUAAUGUACAUUUUGACUUGGCUGGGAUGGUUUAAUUCGGCCAUCAACCCGUUUAUUUAUGCGUUUUAUUCCCCCGAUUUUAGGUUAGCGUUUUGGCGGCUUACUAUCAGAAAAUGUACGAGGAAUAAACGCUAAUUUUCUCAAAUAUGUAAGUAAUAGAAACAAGCGUUACUUUGCUGAAAUCCAUACUAAAUAAAACAAAAAGAUUACUUUGCUCAUCUAGUGUGCUAGUCAAUCAGUGUUAACACAUUAUACUUGCGUAUUUUUACAUGUAAUUAAUGUUCAACCCUCCCACCGCAAAAAUAAAUACCUACGCUAAUAGAUAUUAUAAACCACCACCAAAAGUACAAAACUCGACCCCUAUUUUGCCUGGUUCUCCAAAUCAUCGCGUAAAUUAUUUUGCUGAACGUCAUUUCCCAACCAAUUUUUCGCAUAAUUUCAUUUCGCCGAAUGAUCACAUCCCCACCUAACAGUUAGCUAAACUUUUUAAAACGCAUAGUUUUAGGUAGUAUAAUCAAUUUGUAAGUCUAAUACGAAACAUAUAAAGUUUAUUUUUGUAAUCUAACAUCGUUCGUUGCUAAAAAAGUCGGUUCUGGCACUCGCCGGCCACUACAGUACUCGGUUUCGCGCGCUGUUAGAUCGCAGUUUUCCUAACACGCUCCUCCUCGCUUGGCUCGUCGUCGCAGUCGCACCUAUCUUGUUGUCAAAUGACUAGACGUUAUCGUAUUAAUUUUGCGAAAGAAAUGUAUUCCAAAUGUUGUAUGACAAAAUAAUAAUCUACUUAACAAUAAUUCUACCAAGUAGACGUUAUCAUAAUGAAAGUUUGCCGAAUGUUGGUUGCCAAAGUAAAUCAUCUGCGAAAAGUUGGUUGCAAGUGAAAUUCGGCCAAUAAAACUUCGGCGAAAAGGCAGAACACCGUUUUGCCUCUCUUUUGUGUUUUUUAGAUAAUUUUCUCAGUAUGGAAAACUUAAUUGCAUUUUAAAUGUGAAUAGAAUAGAUUUCUAUGUAAUAUGUGUAAAAAGACUUAUAUUUGUUUUUAGUACAACGAUGUCUAAGUUAUAAAUCUAAAGAUAGGCAGUUAGAUAUAAAUCUUUGAUAACUGUAGAAAUACUCGUAAUUAACCAUAUUAAAUUUGUUUAAAUUUAAGAAAUGAGUGCCAUAAUGUACAUUUUAAGUUUUUUUUACAAUUAAUUACUCCUCUAAGGUCAAUGUAGGCCUUUGUCCCUCAGUACACCUGCAUGAAAUAAGGUAUUUUUAGAGAAAGUGUGAUGAAAAUUCAUUUAUUUAUGAUUCAAAGUUAUCUACUUAAAAAAGAAUAGUCUGUAGGGCUAAGAUGGUCGGCUCUUUAUCAUUUGUCACCAUGCCUGUCACGUUCUAACAAGUAUGUAAGCGCGAAAGUGACAGGCAUAGUCACAAGUGAUAAAAAUGGAACCAUGAUACCGCCGCUGAUCAUAAUGUGACGUUUGAUCUGACUGGUUUGAUCAUAAUGUGACGUUGCCAACCCACACAGCGGGCGCUUAUAUAUAUUGACCAGUUUCUGGAGUGCACCGUUUUUGUCUGGUGGUUUUGGUUGCUAUGUGUUAAGUUAUAACUCUAAUUACCAAUAAUUACCUAUUACCCAAGGUACUUUAUUUAUUACAUCGAAGUUUGAACAUAAUAAAUUAUAGUGGCAGAUUAUAAAUUAUCACGCUGACAGAUUCCAUUUAAAAUGUUCCAGACUCUAAACAUAAUCUUUAAAUAUUUCCCUAAAUGGGAUUGCUUACACUAAUCGACCUUAAAAAAGUUUUAUCCUAUAGACGCCCAUGCCUAUAAAAAGG